GGAAGGUGUUCCUAAUGUUUGGUAUACUCUGUGUAUAUUGUUAGCCAUAGAAGCUACAGGCAACCUAAGAGACUGCAUGCAAGUUAGCUAAAUGCAACUGAAUCAAAUGGUUUUCCUGCGCAUAAUGAGAAUUCAAUUGUAGGUUACUGUUUAUCCCUCAUUCUCUAUGACAUAGACAAGAAGAGGAAACUGGUCGCAGCCUGUCGGAACACGUUUUGGAGGACACCAUGAAUAACAAAAAGAGACGGACCAUUGCAAAGACGAUCAAUCCAAAGAAACCUAAGUGGAACAAGAAUCUCCUUGGCACCAAGCCAUGCAUUAGAAAGAUAUGGGGCCAACCUUGCCGACUGUCAGCAUCCUGUCCCCAGUGUAGGGAGAGGCUUCUGCGUUCCCCCCUCACUGCCACUUCUGAACAGAUACUACGAGAACACAACGACCCAACCACAAGCAACAGAGAAACGAGUCUAGGAGAUCAACCAACCACUGAGCAGACAGAAGCGUCACUACCACUCCCAUCUUCUUAUUUUUCAUCAAACUGCCAGCCUCUCCAUUCCUCCAUUUCGCCACACCCCCUUCCACCCUGCACUCAUCCCCACCUUUUCUCUCUGUCGUCCACAGCUUCACCACACAAUCCCUCUCUCCCAUCCUCCGUUUUAUCUGACCCUCCUUCUCUCUUGUCACCCAUUUUACCAGUCUCCCCAUCCCUCAUGUUACCACCACAUGCUCCCAGCCAUUCCUACAUUGCCCAGUCUGGAGGCACUAACUUUGCACCUCAACUCAGCAACAACUUCUUUUCGGGCCCUGUUAAUAUUAGCAUGCCAUCUCAGCAGAGAGUAGACUUGUCACAGGCUCCACAAGGCAGUGAUCAAGAGGAUGGUGUCCUACAGAGAGUCAAAGCGAAUCUUAAAGCCAGAAUGAAAAGCCGCUGUGAACACCUGUUUGAAGGCAACUCCAGAAAUGAAACUCCUCUCAAAAAUAUUUACACAGAACUCUACAUCACAGCAGGAGAGACUGAAGGGGUCUGUAAUGAACAUGAGGUGUUGCAGAUCGAGACAGCAUCCAGAACAUGCACAUCAGAAGACACUCCUAUCAAUUGCAACGACAUCUUUAAACCUUUACCUGGACAGAACAGAAUAAUCACAACUGUGAUGACCAAGGGCAUUGCUGGGAUCGGAAAAACAGUCACAGUCCAGAAGUUCAUCCUUGACUGGGCAGAAGGAAAAGCCAAUCAGCAUCUGGAUUUUAUAUUUCUGCUUCCAUUCCGGGAAUUGAAUUUGUUCAAAAAGCAGUCCAGUCUUCAUAGCCUUCUGUGUGGCUUCUACCAUGAACUUGGAGAUAUAGAGGAUGCAAAUACAAUUGCAGGUUGUCAAGUUCUGUUCAUCUUCGAUGGUCUGGAUGAAAGCCGAUUUGCACUUGAUUUUAAUCAAAACGAAACAUUGUUUGACAUAGCAGAAGAAGCGCCCAUUGAUGUCCUAUUGACAAAUCUCAUUAAGGGGAAUCUGUCACCAAGAGCUAGCCUCUGGAUAACCUCCCGACCAGCAGCAGCCAAUAAAAUCCCCAGGAAGAACAUUACAAAGAUGACAGAAGUGCGUGGGUUCAAUGACUUGCAGGAGGAGGAGUACUUCAGGAAGAGAUUCUGUUCAGAUGCAAAGCUGGCCAACAGAAUCAUCUCACACAUAAAGACAACAAGGAGCCUCAACAUCAUGUGCCACAUUCCUGUCUUCUGCUGGAUCACUGCUACAGUUCUAUGGGAGAAGUUCAGAGAUGACUGCAAAGAAAUCCCUAAAACCCUUUCUGAGAUGUACACACACUUCGUGCUCAUUCAGACAAACCUGAAGAACCAGAAGUACCAUAACAUCGAAGAGACAGAUGCGCGGAGGAUCUUGAAAUCAGAUAAAGAAAUCAUUCUAAAGCUGGCCAAGCUAGCUUUUGAACACCUGACGAAAAGCAAUUUCAUAUUUUAUGAGAAGGAUCUGAGAGAGUGUGGCAUUGACAUCAAAAAAGUUUCAGUGCAAUCUGGAUUGUGCACAGAAAUCUUCAAACAAGAGGUUGGGCUCUACAGCAAGACAGUCUACUGCUUUUUGCAUUUGACCAUCCAGGAGUACUUUGCCGCACUGUAUUUGCUUUACUGCUACACAACUGAUAACAUGGAGGUGCUGAAGUCUUUCCUCAAUGACACGUUGGUUGAGGAAGACUCUCUGUUGAGCAAACACGUUGGAUACCAUUUAGAUGCUUCACAGAGAGAUGGGCCUGGAGAAAGUCUGGAGUCUGACCAAUUGGAAUACUGUGAAGAAAUCUCCACUCUGGAGGAAGAGCCUGAGGAACAUUGUCUUUUGGAUGAUGAGGCAGUAGAAGGGUCUGACUCUGAGUCUUCAGAGCUGGUUCUACAUGAAAAACCAGCCUUUCAUGUGUUACUGAAGAGCGCAGUGCUCAAUGCCUUGGAGAGUGAAAAUGGACAUCUGGACAUUAUGCUCCGCUUCCUUCUUGGCCUCUCACUGGACUCCAAUCAGAUACUCCUACAAGACCUACUGCCAGAGAUGGAGAGCUGUGCAGAGAGUGUUGAGGAAACAAAGAAAUACAUAAAGGAGAUGCUGAGGUAUUACAAAUCCCCUGAGAGAUGCAUCAACCUUUUAUUCUGCUUGGCUGAAAUCAAUGACAAUACCCUUCUUGAAGAGGUUCAAGCAUACUUGAGGCCAGGAAAUCAUGGAGGAAAAAAGCUCUCACCUGAACAAUGCACAGCUCUGGCUUAUGUACUAAUGUCAACUGGGAUUCUGCAUGAGUUUGACCCAAAGAAGUACAACACUUCUGAGGAGGGCCAAUGGAGGAUGAUUCCAGUUGUGAAGUGCUGCAUAAAUGCCCUACUUUCUAACUGGAACAUCACAGAGAAAUUGUGUGGAGUAGUGGCUUCAGCUCUCAAGUCAUCAAACUUCCCACUGCAAAAGCUGGACCUGAGUUACAAUUACCUGCAGAACUCCAGUAUGGAUCUAAUCUGUGCCGGGUUGAGUAGUCAACACUGUAAACUGAAGAUAUUGAGGCUAAAUCGAUGCAAUCUAACAGCGGAAUGCUGUUCAGCUUUGGAGUCUGCUCUUAGCUCAGACUCGUCACACCUGAGAGACCUGGACCUGAGUGACAAUGAGCUCCAGGAUUCUGGUGUGAAACUGCUCUCUGCUGGACUGCAGAAAUUGGAAACAUUGAAGUUGUCAUCCUGUGGCGUGACAAAGGAAGGUUGUACCUCUUUGGCUUCAGCUCUACGUUCAAAUAUCUCAAACCUGAGAGAGCUGGACCUCAGUGACAAUGACCUGUAUGAUUCAGGCGUGAAGCUGCUGUCUGCUGUACUGGGGAAUCCACAUUGUAAACUGGAGACACUGAGGCUGUCUGGCUGUAUUGUCUCAGAGGAAGGAUGUGCUUCUCUGACCUCAGCUCUGAGGUCAAACGCCUCAAACCUGAGGGAGCUGGAUCUGAGCUACAAUCACCCAGGAGACACAGGAGUGAGACUGCUCUCUGCAGCACGGGAGGAUCCACAUUUCAUACUAAAUGUGGAACACAAUGAAGAGUGCUACUUAAAAUCAGGCCUGAAGAAGUAUGCCUGUGCACUCACACUGGACCCUAACACAACACACAGAAAGCUGUCUCUGUCCAACAGCGGAAGAACUGUGAUAUGUGAGGCUGAUGAUCAUCCGUACUGUCCUCACAUCGAGAGAUUUGAUGACUGUCCUCAGGUGCUGUGUAGAGAGGUUCUGACUGGGCGCUGUUACUGGGAGGCUGAGUGGAGUGGGAGAGCGGUUAGUGUAGGUGUGGCAUAUAAAGACAUGAGCAGGGUUGGAAAAGGACAUGACUGUUUGCUCGGUUACAAUGACAAAUCCUGGAGCCUGAGACUCCUCAAACGCAGACUAUAUAUCUGUCACAAUAAUACGAACAAGGUCAUACCUGUCCCCUCUUCCUGCGCUGACAGAGUUGGGGUGUAUCUGAACUCCUCACAAGGCACUCUAUCCUUCUACCUAGUCUCCUCUGACACACUGACCCACCUGCACACAUUCCACUCCACCUUCACUGAACCCCUCUAUCCAGCAUUUUCAGUCAAUGACUAUUCAUCAGUGUCCCUGUGCUAGGUCUAGAAUGAGGAGUAAAGGAGGGUGAUGUUGAAUGUUUACUAAUAGACUGCUGUUCGUCUGAGUCCAUGACAGAGUCAAGACCAUAUCCUGUUCAAGGGGAUCAGUUGGCCCGAGAAAAUACAUGGAAAUACUCAGUUCAUAUUUUCUAUAAUGGUUUGAUAUUUUUUCAGUAUAUUAAAAAAAUUACAAACAUUUCAGUGUUUUGAACGACCUCCAUUCCUGAAGUGUUCGUAUCUCUGAGGUCCUACUGUAUUUAUACUGUAUAUUUCUUAUUCAAUAUAGGAAAGCGGAAGACUUUGUUUUACAGCUUUACGCUAGUUCUGUGAAAGUAUGACCUAUUCUGUAUAAUAUGUCGUUAAGUUCAGAUACAAGGGGAACUUCUCCUUUGUUUUGUUUCUUUACAUUGUUCUCAGCGUUCGAGGUGUUUUUAUUUUUGAAUAAUGAAAAUGGAAAUUAAAUCUAUUAAUUGUACUGUAUGCAUGAUUGUGGUCUUAUGUGUUAUAAUACACAAUAAAUAUGAUUUUUAACCAAUAAAAAGUUAUUUAAUUUCUUAA